UGAAGUAAGCGGUACCACGGACCUUGAAGCUGGAAGCCUGUUGUCUGGUCCUGGAAUUGUUCUCAACACAUCAACGAUCGCAAACUUCCGUCAUUUUAGCUAUCGCCACUUCAGAUGGCUGCCAGGUGCUUAUUCUCGAACACUAUAUAAUGUGAGUCAAAUCGAGAUGGGAAAUAUUGACAUCCCCUCCUCCCCUCCCCCAUUGUUAAUCCUUUGCCCUCCCAUCCCUACAUUCCAUUGUUACGAAUAUGGACUGCACGAAAUCAGAAAACACUAUUCGGAAUAAUGAGCUCGAUCCUGGAUUAUUGAAGACAUCAAGUUCAUCCGCCCUCGACUUCAAGCACGACGAUUCAGGUUCCGAGUCGGAGAAAGUCCCGCCCCACCAACUACAAGCUAUCUCUCCGAAUGCAAGGCUAGGAAACCCGACCACAUGGAAGAACAAUACCCAUCCGCAGUGGUGGCGAGAUCCUGGUCUACGUCGUAACGUAUUUUGGAUUGCCGUGCUCUACUUCGGGUUCUUCACCUGGGGAUAUAGUACGGCCUUGCUCAAUUGCCUUCAACCCCUGCCGCAGUUCAAUGAAUAUUUCCAUAAUCCCUCCGGCGGAAGACUGGGUAUAAUAUAUGCCAGCCAGUCCUUACCGACAGUGAUACUCGCUCCAGCAAUUCCGUGGUCGAAUGAUUUCCUAGGCCGAAAACGAACGAUUUCGAUUGGGAGUUUGAUAGUGAUAUCAGGAACUAUCCUCGGAACACUUUCGAGAACUACGGCAAUGCUCAUAGCAAGUCGCGUCAUUGUCGGUCUUGCACUACCCUUUAUGUCCGUGGCGUGUGUCUGUCUCGUCAAUGAACUCGCGCAUCCCCGACUUCGUGGGAUAUGCGCCACAAUCAACAGCUCGAUGUAUUUCGGCGGUGUCAUCGUCGUCUCGUGGCUCACUUUCGGGACUCUUCAUUGGGAUCAGUCUAUAUCGGCUAGCGAGAAUAAUACCUCCGCCUAUUCAGGAGAUCAAUGGGCUUGGCGCCUGCCUAUACUCUUACAAGCACUCGGACCUACGAUCCUCCUAUGCUUCACCUCUGCGUCCCUUCUUCCCGGUCCUCUCUUAUCUUUACUACACAACAGCAAAGGAACCCAAACCCGUGUACGCCCACGUUCAGCAUUCGCCGUCCCGGAAUCCCCUCGGUGGCUUGUAGCACAUGGGUACAUACACGAAGCCCAUUCGGUGUUAGCUCAAGCUCAUGCUAAUGGGGACAUGCAAGACGAGUUGGUUCUAGGUGAAUUGGGCGAGAUCCAAGAUUGUUUGGUGAAAGAGAGGGAAGAAGCUGUUGGAAAGGGCAUGUGGGAGGGGUGGAAAGAUUUAUGGAGGACUGAGGGGUUGAGAAGACGGAUGCUGGUUGUGACGAUUAUCGGUGCUGGAUCGCAAUUGAAGGGAACCUCUGCCAUAGCAAGCUACAUCACCCCGAUCCUCAACCUCGUUGGAUUUGUAAAUCCAGACAAAAUAGCCAUCAUCAAUGCUUGUUUGACAACUUGCGAUUUCAUCUCUGCUAUUGCCGGUGCUCUAUGCGUUAAUUCCGUCGGCCGAAGACCUCUAUGGAUUAUCUCAACCGCUGGUUUGCUUGUAUGUUUCGCGGUCAUGACCGCUCUCGCAGCUGUUUUCGCGCAAAGUGCCUCCAUGCCCGCCGCCUACGCAUUCAUCGUCGUCCUCUUCAUCCUCCGCGUCUUCAACGGAAUGGGUUGGUCCCCGUUAACACAUAAUUACCCCGCGGAAAUCCUCCCGUACUCUAUCCGAGCCCGCGCGCUCUCGUAUUUCACGUUCCUCGAAACGUCGGUGUUGGCGUUCAAUCUGUGGCUGCAUCCGGUUGCGUUCCAGCAUCUUGGGUGGAGAUAUUUUCUUGUAUUCGUUGCGGUCCUUUCAGCGCUUUUGGUCGCGAUAUGGUUUUUGUUCAUCGAGACAAGAGGCCGCACCAUCGAACAAGUAAGCUUGUUAUUCGAUUUAUCUCCUACCGAGCGGCGCCGUCGAAAUCAAAUCCUUUCUUCUCCGGAUCUUGAAGAUGGUGGUGAUAUGAAGAAUAGAAACGACUCUGAGAAGAGUUCAAGUUGAUGAACUAUUACAUGAAAGAAAGAGCUCUCGGGGCGGUAUAUAUAGGGUAGAGUAUAUAAAGUAUAUAAAGUAUAUAGGGUAUAUAGUGUAUUACUAGGCUGUAG